UUGGAAACCCUGCAAAGAACUGACUUGUCUAAAAAAGGGGGAAAAAGCUGUUAUGGCUUCUUUAGGGUUGCAGAUUCUGGGUGUUGGGUUGGCUGUGCUGGGAUGGAUUGGAAACAUACUGAUCUGCAUGCUGCCCUUGUGGAAGGUAUCUGCUUUCAUUGGAAAUAACAUUGUGGUGGCUCAAACCAUUUGGGAAGGACUCUGGAUGAGCUGUGUGGUGCAAAGCACCGGCCAGAUGCAGUGCAAGGUCUACGAUUCCCUGUUGGCCCUGCCUCCAGACCUCCAGGCAGCUCGAGCCAUGAUCGUCAUCUCCAUCCUGUUUUCUUUGUUUGGCCUGCUGCUUUCUGUGGUUGGAGGUAAAUGCACCACCUGUGUUGGGGACAAAAUGGCAAAAGCCAGAGUUGCCAUCUCUGCAGGCUUUUUCUUCAUCCUGAGUGGGGCUCUGUGUCUUGUGACUGUGUCGCUGCCUGCUAAUACCAUCAUAAAGGACUUUUACAACCCCAUGGUUCCAGAUGCUCAGAGGAGAGAGCUGGGUGCCUGUUUGUACGUGGGCUGGGGCGCAGCAGGGUUACUACUGAUUGGUGGUUCACUUCUCUGUUGUCAGUGCCCAUCAGGAGACAACCGCUACAGUGGUGCGAAGUACUCGGCACCUAAAUCAACAACACCCGGCAAGGAAUUUGUCUAAGAUUGCAUUGCAUGACAUGAGAAGUGGAUGAACAUGACCUCUUUCACAAAGAGUACAAACCUGUUUCUUAUCACAGUGUAUGCAUAGUGCAGGUGUGACUAACACUAUGGCCUUUUGUCUGUCAAAGUGUGUGUGAUGUUAGAGUACUGCAGGAUUGGUGUGCUGGGUUUUUUUUUUUUCUAACUCUUAUAUUAAAGUUCUUUAAGUGAUUUUAACCAAUAAACAGUUUAUUGCCACAUGUAAUUUUUUAAUUGUAGUUAUUCUGCUUAAUUCAGUAAGAUGUUUUGGGAUCUGAUUCCCCACCUCCACCACCAUCAGCAGAUCGACCACUCUGGUAGUUGUUUUUACAAUUCAGACUUG